CUCCAGUUGUUUUCUUUCUUCUUUUUUUUUCCCUCGCAAUUGUUUAAUUUGCUAUAUAAGACUUCACUACUCUACGCAAACACUAACUUCUUCUUCUUGUUGUUUCAACAAAAAGCAAGAAGAAGACAUGGAAUCCUCCAAGAUCUCAGCUUUCUUCUUCAUUUGCAUGGUUUUUGUUUCCUCCGCCUCCCCAAUUCUGGACUGCGGUUCUUGCGGCAAGCCACCAAAGCACAAUGGCCACAAGGGAAAAUCUCCUCAUCACGGUCCCAUUAAUAUUCCUCCCAUUGUUAAGCCUCCAAUCAACUUGCCACCAGUCCUUCCUCCCAUUGUCAAGCCACCAGUCACUCUCCCUCCAGUAACACUUCCUCCCAUUAAGCCACCGGUUACUCUUCCUCCCAUUAAGCCACCGGUUACUCUUCCUCCCAUUAAGCCACCGGUGACUCUUCCUCCCAUUAAGCCACCGGUGACUCUUCCUCCCAUUAAGCCACCAGUGACUCUUCCUCUUCCUCCCAUUAAGCCACCAGUGACUCUUCCUCCCAUUAAGCCACCGGUGACUCUUCCUCCCAUUAAGCCACCAGUGACUCUUCCUCCCAUUAAGCCACCGGUGACUCUCCCUCCAGUGACUCUUCCUCCUAUUAAGCCACCAGUGACUCUUCCUCCCAUUAAGCCACCGGUGACUCUCCCUCCAGUGACUCUUCCUCCUAUUAAGCCACCAGUGACUCUCCCUCCUAUUAAGCCACCGGUGACUCUUCCUCCAAUCACAGUUCCUCCAGUGCUUCCAAACCCACCAAAGGGAGGUAUUCCAUGCCCACCACCAGCAGCAGCAAAUGAUAAAUGCCCAAUUAACACUCUUAAACUGGGUGCCUGUGUAGAUCUUCUUGGUGGGCUGGUGCAUGUUGGUCUCGGUGACCCAGUUGUGAACAAGUGUUGCCCAGUUCUUCAAGGACUUGUAGAACUUGAAGCUGCAGUCUGCUUGUGCACCACUCUCAAACUCAAGCUUCUCAACCUUAAUAUCUAUGUCCCUCUUGCUCUUCAGCUCCUUGUUGCCUGUGGGAAGACACCUCCUCCUGGUUACACGUGCUCUCUUUAGACGACCCAUGUAAAGUUGCCAGAAGCAGAAAUCGACAUGAGAGGAUGUCGAGCCUCAUCGCCUUUUUCUUCUUCUUUCUCUUUCUCUUGUUUGUUUUUUUCUUGAUUGUUAAUGAUGAAAUGUUUAGUUCAUAAAUUUGUAAACCAUUUAAAUUCUAUAAAAUUGUUGCAUGUGUGUUUAAUUUGUCUUAGACAAUAAUGCAAAUCAAGAUCAUUUUCUCCA